AUGUGGCAAGGCACCAUACCGAGCUCCCACCCCGCACUCCGGCAGAAGCUUUAUCCCACAUCUCCGAGUAGAAGCCCAUUCUAUGACGAGAGGUCUUAUCCUGUAGAUAAAGUCGAGCCUGGAUGCGGUGAGAAGCCUCUUCACGCAAUAGACUCUUUGCCCAGCUCCUCCGCGCCCCAUGAUGCAACCAUCGACGGAUGGGAGGCCCACACUCACCCUGAGGGCGAACGCUAUUACACGCGUGGCGCUUCGCCGCGCGUCAUCACCGAAGCUGAUGUAACGGAUACCGCUAUCUCAAAAGCCGUCAAUGCUUGGGUCCAAGGCAUUCUGGACUUGUCCGCGAAGUUGGACCUCGUAAUUGGGCACUCAAUUGAUCUCUUUGUGGAACCUUCUGCGACAUCAGGCCUCUGCGGAUAUUAUUUCGCCGAUCACGAUAGCCGCACAAUCUUCUGGCUUGAAGGCGCUCCGACGAGUAAGCUAGGUCUCUCACAAGGAUGCUCGGACCAAACAUUAAUGCUUGCACUCGAAAAGAAUUACUGGAAACACGUUGAAUUAUUUUGCAUGCGCCCAGAAAACCUAUCAGGAGGCCUGGAAGAGCUGAUUACCAAUCAUCUCAACGGAUAUGGACGCGCUGACAUGGUCACUACGCCGACGGAAACUUUUGAUGUUACGCCGGAGGGUAUACUUGUACGGCGUCUCUCUGUACCGUGUGCGCAGUAUGCGGCAAACAAUUCAGAGUCCGAAGCCUUCGCUCAGAAGUCAUCUUACCAUGAAGAGCUUAAGCUGACGCUCACUUCACCCUCACAACAGACAGACGAAGGAGAUAUCUCUUCAAUAACAGUGCCCUCCGUUUGCCCUGACUCAGCGUUGCCCGUCAAGGCCACGACCAUGACCGACAUAGGCAACUGGCUCGUCGAAACUUGCUUCCCGCAACUUCAUCCCGCGCAACAUGGCUCCCAACUUGAGACAGCUCGCGUCAAAGUCACGUCCGAGUGGCAAUACAUUCAAAGCACGCUACUGGUCGUUGCCGCAGCCGACGCCGCCGGAUAUGCGGUCUCCACUGGCACCGACCUGAAGAUAGACCAGCCCGCUUUUCGAUGCCUGAUCCUCUCCGCGAUAACGGCAGCAUUCGGUCUCUGUCUGCUCAUCGGACUGAAUGUGCGUUAUCUCAAUGCAGACUCGGGCAGCUUUGCAGUCCUGGCCCGCAAUACAUUUGACUCGAGUUACUCUUAUUUUGCCAUCACUUCACGACUUCCCUUACUGGCAAUGUGGACUUCGUUGCUGACUUUCUCGCUGUUCCUGUUGAUCGUAGCGCUGUCAGCUAUUGAUGUUCCGCUUUCGUGA